AUGAACCCUUUACAAAAUAAAUGGAUCCUUUCUUUUAUUAAUCAAUCAGAAACAACAGACAAGAAAUACGAGGACUGCAUCCACAAUAUGGCAGAAUUUGAUACUGUAGAAACAUUUUGGCAAGUUUAUUCUCACACAAAAUUACCAAGUAAACUUGAUGACAAUUAUGAUCUAAAUCUAUUUCGUGAGGGCUAUCGUCCAGUGUGGGAAGAUCAAAAAAAUCAAAACAGUGGAAAAUGGUACAUUUGCUUGAAGCACGAGUUUGCGGAUUUGGCUUGGGAAAAAUCAGUUUUAGCAUGCGUUGGAAAUCUUUUCCCACAUGAAGUUAUUGGAAUUACAGUUUCAAAGAAAAAACCAGAUUAUCCUUCGAUUAUUCUUAGUUAUUGGAUUUCAGAUAUCAAACAAAGUAAUGAUGAGAAGAAAAUUGCAAAGAAAAUUACAACAGUAAUGGAAUUCCCUCAAAAUUCAACCUUAUUUUUUAAAUUUCACGGAAACAAACCAAGCCAAAAAUUCAAUGUCAAUUAG